GAGAACAGUCUCAAAGCCGAUGCGAGAAGCUGGCGAGAAGUAUUUCAAUACGCAGGUCUGCGCGCGACGGCAGCGUGAAUGCGCGAGCGCGUCCCACACUACUGUGUAAAAACGUGGCGCACGUUCGGCAGCUUCUAAAAGCGCUUUAGCUGACGAGCAAACCGCUCCUAAGAAGAGGUUCGUCGACGACGUCUGCUUAACUCUCGUCUACGUUUACCAAGGUGUUACGGAUAUCCACGUUGGAAGACCGUUAUGCGAAUAGUACAAAAUUACUUUCCUUUCUUGACUGAUGUGCUAUUUAUUUGACGGAGAUGAGCGCAAGAUUAUAGAUGCACAUCUUAACGUAUUCACAAAUACCAUUGAGCUUUAAAGUGCUCAGACUAGGACUCUCCAUCAUGCUUCAAAAAGGUCCCCGUCCGAUAGUGUUCUGUGGUCCCUCAGGCAGUGGAAAAAGUACACUGAUUAAAUUGUUGUUUAAUGAAUUCCCAGACAAGUUUGGGUUUUCCGUGUCUCAUACUACUAGAAACCCAAGACCCGGUGAAGAAGAUGGAAAACAUUAUUACUUUACAACUAAGGAAGAUAUGCAGAAGCAAAUUGAACAAGGAGAAUUCAUUGAAACUGCUACAUUUAGUGGAAAUAUGUAUGGCACAAGCAAGCGGGCCAUAGAAGAUGUACAACGAGCUGGCAAGAUUUGUGUUUUAGACAUUGAAACUGAAGGAGUCAAGCAAAUCAAGACUAGUUCCCUUAACCCCUUGUUUAUUUUUAUUAAGCCACCCUCCAUCCCAGAAUUGGAAAGACGUUUGAUUGGACGUAAAACUGAAACCAAUGAAUCACUGCAACGUAGAUUGUCCAGUGCAAGAUCUGAAAUUGAAUUUGGUGAAGCCCCAGGCAACUUUGACUUGGUGAUUGAAAAUGAUAAUAUAGACAAGGCUUACCAAAAAUUGAAAGACUUUAUUUUAUCAGAGAUCAAUCAGCAAAAUCAGAAAAUAAAUUGACGCGAAUCGACGUAAAACUGUGUCAAGUGCCAAUUCACAAUCGGAAAUUGAUCUCCAACUAAUUUUGCGCUCGCAACAGCGUCUGGAAAUAUCGUACAGUCUGGAACUGCAUUACGCGAAUGGAAUAAAAAUUCCUAGUAUUAGAAUACAAUGUGAUUAGAAGAUAAUGUAUUUAUGCAAUGCAUCAAACGAUCAUAGAAAGGAAAUCUCAAAAUUGAAUUGAAAAGCGACUUGCAUUUAUGGCGUGAAGCGACGGUAAGAAUGCGUAUCUUAUUGACCUAACUUUGGACAUUUUAUAGUAUGAGAUUUAUUUUCGUUGCAUAUAGUGCCUAGCAUAUAAUAUAUUAUAUACACAUAUUUUUUAAAUACUAAUUGUUUUUGAGAUCGCACUAGCAUUUGUUGCAUUGCAAAAUAUAUUUAUAUUUUUCGUACUGUUGCAUUGACAACUAUUGAGCAGAAAUGAUUAUGGAAUCACAUACAUUUGUCAGCUGUGUAAGAUAUUUAAUUUAUAUAACAAUGCUAUAAAGUAUUCUUAAAAGCGUCAAUUUUAUAGACAACAGAUCAGUGAAACAUUUUUCAAAUUUGUUUUUAAAAUUUUAUUUAUUUAUAUUUAUUUAAUGUACAAUCAAUGAAAUUCGUAUUUAAAAAGGGAUCCAAUUAUAACUUGACAUACAGGCUUACUGAAUUUCGACUUGAGUUUGUAAUUCAUCAAUUAUGUUGCAAACUCGCGUAUUUUGAGAAAAUACAUACAUUUCAAAUAAUUUAAAUCUAAUAUACGCGAUUUUAAUUAGUUUUGAUAUGAUUAUAUAUUUACACACAUAACACUGUAUGUAUUUUCUCUGUUGCUAGUAUUAACUAACUGCAUAAUAAAUAAUAAUAGCAAAAAUAGCUGAUUACGAUUAAAAUAAUCUUAAUGAAAUGAACUAGCGCGAAUUUUUCUGCGUGUCUAAAAUUGUUGUUGUACGUAGGUAGAUUGCAGGUCUAACAUUAAUAUUAGUCUAAUAUAUGUAUAUGUAAUAAAUAACUGAGACUACCCACCACUAAAAAAGUUGUGUUUCGCUAGAGUAGGAAGUAUUAAAUGUACAAAAGUCCAUCUGGGAUAAUUUUUUUCCAUCUUUGAAUGUUAAUGUUGGAAAGAGAUAGGUUAAAUGCAGUUAUAUCAUGAUCAAGACGUGCAGUCUGUUCGUCGUGUUAUCGCCUCGAUGUUACAGAGAAAUUCUUUUUGUGCAACAGUUGAUCGAUCCGGGUUACUGGAAAGUACUGAUAUGAAAAUUCUCGAUACACGAUAAAAGAAGGCCAAGGGAAAAAUUAGCGAGAAACACGUUGGAAAAGAUCAUCAGUUCGUAACCCCUUCGGUUAUCACGAUACUUCCGUACUUGUUGUGCAGAGUAGCGAGUACAGCUGAAGAAAGAAAAAAAGCGCGCGCACUUGGCAGUUACAAUUUAUCAAUGAUUUUUCUGUAACAACUGUACGUCUUGAUUAAUUGUCGAACGAUACAUACUGCGAGUGAAAAAUUGCGCGUCAACUUCUUUUUAACAACAACAAACUUUAAAUGUGUACACUGACAAAGAGAAUGUAUAGUAGCGGCGUGUAAGAAACGUUUAAUCUUAUGUGUAAAUACUACUACGAAAUGAAAUGCAAAAGUAGCCUUGAGUUUUAUUGCUUUGGUUACUCUCGGUUAUAAUCAUUGUAAUUUUUAUACCUUAUACAUUACUAAUGUUAAAGCUAUAUACGUUAUCCUCGUUAUUUCUAUGAUUACAAGCCUUGAUGAAAGUAUUAUAAACUAUGGUACAGCGGUUUAGGGAAAUAAAUUAUGCAGAUCAUUAUACUUAGGUUAUAAUUUAUUGGAUAAUAUACAAGCUUUUUUUUGAAUGUAAAUCAUGUAAACUUGGAGAUGGAUCAACGGCAAGGCGACAAUUGUGUAUGUGAAAAAAAUACUAAUAAUAAACGUUGGUUAUAUGAAAGAUAUAA